GCGAUUCCCUGCUCUCUCCAGAUGCAUGCCAUUCCUCUGAGGUCAUCCUGGGUCAUGACCUGUGCCUACGCCCCCUCUGGGAAUUACGUGGCCUGUGGCGGCCUGGACAACAUCUGCUCUAUAUACAGCCUGAAGACCAGGGAGGGCAACGUGAGAGUCACCCGAGAGCUGCCCGGGCACACAGGCUACUUAUCCUGCUGUCGCUUUCUGGAUGACAACCAGAUUGUCACCAGCUCGGGAGACACCACCUGUGCUUUAUGGGACAUCGAAACCGGCCAGCAGACGACCACGUUCACGGGCCACACGGGCGACGUGAUGAGCCUGUCCCUGAGCCCCGACAUGAAGACCUUCGUGUCGGGGGCCUGCGACGCUUCCUCCAAGCUGUGGGACGUCCGGGACGGGAUGUGCAGGCAGUCGUUCACGGGCCACGUGUCCGACAUCAACGCCGUGUGUUUCUUCCCCAACGGAAAUGCCUUCACCACGGGCUCGGACGACGCCACCUGCCGGCUCUUUGACCUGCGCGCGGACCAGGAGCUGAUGAUGUACUCCCACGACAACAUCAUCUGCGGGAUCACCUCCGUCGCCUUCUCCAAGAGCGGCCGCCUGCUGCUCGCAGGCUACGACGACUUCAACUGCAACGUGUGGGACACGCUGAAGGGAGAGCGCGCAGGUGUCCUCGCCGGCCACGACAACCGAGUGAGCUGUUUAGGGGUCACGGACGACGGCAUGGCUGUAGCCACGGGCUCAUGGGACAGUUUCCUCCGGAUCUGGAACUAACUGGCGGGCGCGGCUGGUGGGGGGGGUGGACCACAUGGCCCCCCCCCGCGAGGCGGGGGGAGGGGGGGGGUCACUGCCGCAGCCCGCGGCUGUGCGAGAGUAACAUUCUUUCUACCUUUCCAGGUGAAGUUUUUUCUAUUCACUUACUACACAAGGCUUGCAGUACAUAGUCCGGGCAGAGGAGGACAUGAGAAAUUAACCCUGGCCGUUCACUGACAUCUGGCAGGGGCUAGCAUGUUACCAUGGUGACCAAGAAGCUAGGAGCCAGUCAUUGUUAUAUAAAUAUAUAUAUGUAUUUUUUUUAUAUAUAGUUCUUUUGUUUAUUGCCCACUCCCUAAAUGUUUGAUUUAUUUUUUCUGCUUCGCUCAGUGUUUUUUUUUUUUGUACAUAUCAGAAUGUACACCUGAUAGUAGCCAAUCAGAAUGUGCUUGUCGGUGAUUUUUUUUUUAUAUAUAUACGCAUAUAUAUAAAACAUCCAUUGUCCUUUUAUAGAUUUAAUUCAGUAUUUUCUGAAAGAGGUUAGCCCGGUCUUUUUUUUUUUUUAGUUGCCUGGUUGCCUGAAACUGAUGACCAGUGGUCAAUGAAUUCAAUACUGAUCAGUAACCCCCUAACAGAAUAUUAAGAGGGAGACAAUGACCUUUCACCUGCUUCACCUGCAGAUGGUAAUUGUAUGCCCUGGACAAAGCAUUUGGCUGGAUUUUGUGGAGACGGGGCAAUUGAAUGUGUGUGUUUGUAUUGUAGUAUCACACCAUGUACAUGAAGUUAGAAGUGCUAGUGGUGUGUCUUGCAAUAAUGAAUCGACUGCUCUGUCUUUGUAGUCCAGGCCCACUUGCACAGCGAAUGUCCCAGAGGUCUGGUUCCCUUCUCCCGCUGAGAAGAGGGGAAUACCGACGUAGAGACCUUCCCCUUACGGUCUGAAGGUUUCGAUGGGGGCUGGUCCAGACUGACCGUCCCCGGGGGUGCGGACAGCCGCUCCUCCAACAGGGGGCGCUUGUGACCUGUCCCCGUCGGUUCUCGGGUGCUCCACCGCGGCACUGUUAAACAGAGUCCGCCCCCGUCCCCCAGGAAUGUCCACCUCACCGGUUCAGAGCCACUGGGGAGGCGACCCGUCCCGGUGCUGUUGACCGUGGAGAGCGCUUGAGGUGGGCCUCUGCUUUAGGACCUCCCUCUCGCUUCUUACCCCCCGGGCGCCGCUCCUGGCUCGCUCCUCGCCGAGACGCCCCCCCCUCCCCUCCCCGUUACCGCCGUGCGCGCUGGCUCGGUAAAGGCGAGAGCCCGGCGCGGCCCUCGUGGCGAUGAGGAGCGGAGGUGCAGGACCCGCGCGGAGCGGCUCAGAACCCGGCCG